AUGGACUCCGUCAAAGACAAAGUCUAUGUCAUCACAGGCCUCGGUGGCAUAGGCCUCGCAGUCGCAAAACAGCUUUAUGCACUAGGCGCAUCCCUCUCUCUAGCUGAUCUCUCUGCAACGACCCUCGACACGGCAGUGCACACCCUCACCUCAGACACUAAGUCAGACAGACUUAUGACCACCGUCCUCGAUAUCACCUCCGCAACAGCCGUGAAAGCCUGGGCCGGCGCAACAGUAGAGCGAUUCGGACGCCUCGACGGCGCAGCUAAUAUGGCCGGUGCUAUUGGGAAGAACCACGGUGUAGGCCGGUUCGUCGACAUGGAAGAUGAUGAGUGGGAUAUGUUGGUGCGGGUGAAUCUUUCUGGCAUGAUGUAUUGUCUCCGAGCGGAGCUCAGAGCGAUCAUGGAGUCUGCGCCUGGUGGGAAGGGGAGUAUUGUUAAUGCGUCGAGUAUUCAAGGUGUAAGGGGGUUCCCGUUGCAUGCGGCAUAUUCGACGACUAAGCAUGGGGUUGUGGGGUUGACGAGAUCUGUUGCGAAGGAGGUUGGGCCUGAGAUUCGGGUCAAUGCUGUUGCGCCUGGAUCUAUCCAAACACCCCUUUUGGACCAGGCUGCUGUUAUUCAAGGUGGUACUCAUGUACCGCCUAGUGUUAUUCCUCGUGUUGGAACUCCUGAAGAGGUAGCGCAGACGGUAGUGUUUCUGUUGAGUGAUGCUGCGUCUUAUACGACUGGACAAGUCUAUAAUGUUGAUGGAGGAUGGGACCCAUGA